GGAAUAACUUCUGCCACUGUUUCCUGCCCGGUACCGCGCGUCUCCGUGCGGCCCUCCCGGUUCCAGCGGUCCCGUUCCUCGCGGAGCAGCCCCGAGUCCUUCCCCCGUCCCAUCCCAUCCCGUCCCAUCCCAUCCCGUCCCAUCCCGUCGUCGCCAUGGUGAAGCCGCGCUACAAGGGCCGUAGCACCAUCAAUCCCUCCCGCGCCAGCACCAACCCCGAUCGCGUCGGGGGCGCGGGAGGUAACAACAUGCGGGACCGAGCCACCAUCCGCCGCCUCAACAUGUACCGGCAGAAGGAGCGGAGAAACAAACACGGCAAAGUGAUAAAGCCCCUGCAGUAUCAAUCCACGGUGGCACCGGGGACAGUUGCGAGAGUGGAACCCAAUAUUAAGUGGUUUGGCAAUACCCGUGUGAUCAAGCAAUCAUCCCUGCAGAAAUUCCAGGAAGAGAUGGAAACGGUGAUGAAGGAUCCGUACCGGGUGGUGAUGAAGCAGAGGAAGUUGCCCAUGUCCCUCUUCCAUGAUCGGAUCAAACCCCACACCUCCAGAGUUCACAUUCUUGACACGGAAACAUUUGAAACAACGUUUGGCCCCAAAUCACAGAGGAAAAGACCCAAUCUGUCUGCCAGUGACGUGCAGGCUCUGGUGGAGAAUGCUGAGGCCUCCUCAGGAGCUUAUGACCAGGGCAAGGACCGAGACCUGGUGACAGAGGACACUGGGGUCAGGGAUGAAGCACGGGAGGAUAUCUAUAAGAAAGGACAGUCCAAAAGGAUCUGGGGUGAGCUCUACAAGGUGAUAGACUCCUCAGAUGUUGUUGUGCAAGUUCUUGAUGCCAGGGAUCCCAUGGGCACUCGCUCCCCUCAUGUGGAAUCUUACCUGAAAAAGGAGAAGCACUGGAAACAUCUCAUUUUUGUCCUGAACAAAUGUGAUCUUGUUCCUACCUGGGCUACGAAGCGCUGGGUUGCUGUCCUCUCUCAGGAGUAUCCAACACUUGCUUUCCAUGCCAGCCUCACCAACCCUUUUGGCAAAGGUGCUUUCAUCCAGCUUUUAAGGCAGUUUGGAAAGUUACAUUCUGACAAGAAACAGAUCAGUGUGGGUUUCAUUGGCUACCCCAACGUUGGCAAAAGCUCCAUCAUCAAUACUUUACGGUCUAAGAAGGUCUGCAGCGUGGCACCUAUUGCAGGUGAAACAAAGGUGUGGCAGUACAUCACCCUGAUGAGGAGGAUUUUCCUCAUUGACUGCCCAGGUGUUGUUUAUCCAUCUGGAGACACAGAAACAGACAUUGUGCUGAAGGGAGUGGUUCAAGUUGAGAAGAUAAAGAGCCCUGAGGAUCAUAUUGGUGCUGUGCUGGAAAGAGCCAAACCAGAGUACAUCAGAAAGACGUACAAGAUUGAUGCCUGGAAUGAUACAGAAGACUUUCUGGAGAAACUUGCUGCUAGGACUGGGAAACUGCUAAAGGGUGGUGAGCCUGAUACACAAACUGUGAGCAAGAUGGUUCUCAAUGACUGGCAGAGAGGCAGAAUUCCAUUCUUUGUGAAGCCACCAAAUGCAGAGCCAGGUCCCCAGCCUCCUGUGUCUGAAGUACCUAUGACAUCAAGCCAAGAUGCUAAUGAGGAGAAAAUCUCUGAGUCAGUAGCAGCAAGUGUGGAGCCAGCAGGAGAGGAGAAUAAUGCAGACACUGAAAUUAAGCAACUCAUGUCACACGUUCGCCAGAACUUUGGGAGGAUUAAUGUGGCACCUGAGUUCUCAGAAGAAGAUCUGGUUCCUGUGGAUGUGCCAGGCUUUGAGACAGAUGAAGAUUCCUCUGGAGAGGAGGAGCAGGAAGAGGAGGGAGAGGAGGAAUGCAGGCAACAACAAGAUGCAGGGGAGGAGGAGUCGCAGGUGGUAGCACCAGGUGCCAAGGAAAGCUCUAAGGCAGUUCUUAAAGCUUUGGAGGACAAGAUUGCAAAAUACAAGAAAUUUCUGGAUAAAGCCAGAGCCAAGAGAUUCUCAGCAAUAAGAAUCCCUAAGCAGCUAACUGAAAAAGUGUUUGCAAAAUCCAUGCAGAAGGCUGAAGAACCCAAAGAAACUGAUAAUGAAGGCAGCACAGAGAAGAAAAGAAAAAGGAAAGCAGAAGAGGAAGAUGAUGAUGACCAAAUGGGUGAACAGCCUGGCAAGAAACUUACAUCCAAAGAAAGAAGACGAGCAGAGAGGCAGCAGCGCUCCAAGAAAGUUGGAGUCCGGUAUUAUGAAACUCACAACGUGAAAAAUAAGAAUAAGAACAAGAAAAAAACUGGCUUGGAGGGACAAAGAUCAAAGCAUAAAAAAUACAAACAUAAGCAAUAAGUUUUUAUUCUAUUAAAUUUUACAUAAAACAGC